AGAAGUCCUGAGGCCGGAGCAGAGGUGGCUGGCGGGCCCGGCUGACUGCGCCCCUGCUUUCUUUCCAUAACCUUUUCUUUCGGACUCGAAUCACGGUUGCUGCGAAGGGCCUAGUUCCGGACACUAGGGUGCCACGAACGCGCUGAUGCCCCGAGUGCGCGCAGGGCUUCCCGCUAACCAUGCCACCGCCGCCCGCAGCUGCCUUGUCGCUGCCUGUGCUCCUGCUACUGCUGGUGGUGCUGACGCCGCCCCCGACCGGCGCAAGGCCAUCCCCAGGCCCAGAUUACCUGCGGCGCGGCUGGCUGCGGCUGCUAGCGGAGGGCGAGGGCUGCGCUCCCUGCCGGCCAGAAGAGUGCGCCGCGCCGCGGGGCUGCCUGGCGGGCUGGGUGCGCGACGCGUGCGGCUGCUGCUGGGAAUGCGCCAACCUCGAGGGCCAGCUCUGCGACCUGGACCCCAGUGCUCUCUUCUACGGGCACUGCGGCGAGCAGCUUGAGUGCCGGCUGGACACAGGCGGCGACCUGAGCCGCGGAGAGGUGCCGGAACCUCUGUGUGCCUGUCGCUCUCAGAGCCCGCUCUGCGGGUCCGACGGUCACACCUACGCCCAGAUCUGCCGCCUGCAGGAGGCGGCCCGCGCUCGGCCCUAUGCCAACCUCACUGUGGCACACCCGGGGCCCUGCGAAUCGGACUGGAUGCCUUUGCUGGGCCAUGCUAUUCUCAGACCUCCCACCUUCACCCCCAGGGCCCCAGAUCGUGUCACAUCCAUAUGACACUUGGAAUGUGACAGGGCAGGAUGUGAUCUUUGGCUGUGAGGUGUUUGCCUACCCCAUGGCCUCCAUCGAGUGGAGGAAGGAUGGCUUGGACAUCCAGCUGCCAGGGGAUGACCCCCACAUCUCUGUGCAGUUUAGGGGUGGACCCCAGAGGUUUGAGGUGACCGGCUGGCUGCAGAUCCAGGCUGUGCGUCCCAGCGAUGAGGGCACCUACCGCUGCCUUGCCCGCAAUGCCCUGGGUCAAGUGGAGGCCCCUGCUAGCUUGACAGUGCUCACACCUGACCAGCUGAACUCUACAGGCAUCCCCCAGCUGCGAUCACUAAACCUGGUUCCUGAGGAGGAGGCUGAGAGUGAAGAGAGUGACGAUUACUACUAGGUCCAGAGCUCUGGCCCCUGGGGGUUGCUCACACCCGGGAUGUGAGGUUCCAGAAGCGCCGACCCAGAGUUGCCAGGCCUGAAGGCAGGAGAGGCUCAGUCGCACCCUACAUCCCCCACCUCCAAGAUUUUAAGUAUAGUCCGCUUGAAAUCCCUGGAAUGCGCUUUCUUCUGGCUCCUACCCGGAGAUCCGGAGUCCGGACAAACCGGGGCAAGAAGGGUCCGUCGGACCAGCUCCUCCCAAGCAGAGGCUUCCAGGCCUCCGCCGGGCUCUUCUCCCUGCUUUUAGCUGAGCCAGGCUGGGCGUGCCUCUCUCCUCCAUCUAGAGCAGGUUGUGAAGAGGAAGCCAGAGGGGGCUGUCUGAAAAUGACCUUGACCCCCUCCUCGGGCUGUCGUGAGGAGGAGGGCCGCUUCGACUGGUUGCUCGUCAUCGCGAAGGCUCAAAAAAGAGUUGCGCAGCCGUGCUGGUAUAACCGAGGGUGUCCUGGCGAAGCCCAGCCCCUGGCGCCCUGGUGACCGGGGGGUCGAUGUGCGGACUGGGCAGAACUGGAGCCUGAAGCCGGAGAGCGUCCCUCAAAAAGAAGCCUGGAAGCCUGAGAGAUGAACCCGACUCAGAGAGGGCCAAGACUGCAGACCUUGGGGACCGAGGACACACUCACCACGCUGGUGGGGGCUGGGGGGAGGACGCGGGCGGUGGCGUGCGGGGAAGCGCCUGGGGAACACCUGGCUCAGCAAAUUUUGUGCCUUAGCGGAAGGAGGCGACAUGUCUGGCAACUUCGAGUACAGGAAGUGGCGAAGGAGUGCCAUCUGGUGAUCAUUCUGGUAGUGACACUCAGACCUGGGCCAGGGGCCUUGAGACAAUUUACUUGACUGGAAAAAUCUAAGUAAAAAAAGAUGCUUCAA